CUGGUGCUGAAGAGACGGAGCUGGUCACACAGAGUGUCCUACACCUCCACGCGCGCUCACCGCUAGCAUGCAGAGAUAGACGGGAAACAGCCGCUCGUGCUCCAGCAUCAAGGAAGGGAGAGCGUCCGCUUGUACCACAGCAUUCAAGGCGCUCUCUGUGCCCAGAGGAGCAGAAUUAAUUGCAAGCUUCCUCUAUAUAGCAGAAAGUCACCUCGCAGACUGGAUGUCUACCAAAGGGAGGAGAUGCAGAGACCCGGCACGAGUAUCCUUUACAGAAGAAGACAGAAUACUGAAAGAAAAAAACGGAGGUUUGGAUUCCUACUGCCGAACAAUUAGAACAGAGAGGGAUGCCUUUGAACACUAUCCCUACAUGAUGCCUGUUGGCAGCAAUCCUUCCCACAGAAGGACGACUAUGUUACGAGAAAAAGGGCGAAGGCAGGCAAUUCGAGGUCCUGCGUUCAUGUUCAAUGAUAGGGGAACAAGCUUGACUGCUGAGGAAGAAAGGUUUCUAGAUGCAGCUGAGUAUGGAAAUAUCCCUGUUGUGCGUAAGAUGCUUGAGGAAUCCAAAACCUUAAAUGUCAACUCUGUUGACUACAUGGGCCAAACCGCUCUGCAGCUUGCUGUUGGAAAUGAACAUCUGGAAGUGACAGAGCUUCUCCUGAAGAAGGACAAUUUGGCACGGAUUGGAGAUGCUCUGUUGCUUGCUAUUAGUAAGGGGUAUGUAAGGAUAGUUGAAGCAAUCUUGAAUCAUCAUGCCUUUGUACUCAGUAAGCGUUUAACCCUUAGUCCAUGUGAACAAGAACUCCAAGAGGAUGAUUUUUAUUCCUAUGAUGAGGAUGGGACUAGGUUUUCCCCAGAUAUCACCCCUAUUAUUCUUGCAGCUCACUGUCAGAAGUAUGAGGUUGUACACAUGCUGUUAAUUAAAGGAGCAAAGAUAGAAAAACCCCAUGAUUAUUUCUGCAAAUGCAAUGACUGCAUGGACAAACAGAAACAUGAUUCUUUCAGCCAUUCGCGGUCAAGAAUAAAUGCAUAUAAAGGAUUAGCAAGCCCAGCAUAUUUGUCCUUAUCAAGUGAAGAUCCUGUUCAUACAGCUCUGGAACUGAGCAAUGAGCUAGCCAAACUGGCAAACAUUGAAAAGGAAUUUAAGAAUGAUUAUCGCAAGUUAUCUAUGCAAUGUAAAGACUUUGUUGUUGGAGUCCUUGAUCUGUGUCGAGACACUGAGGAAGUGGAAGCUAUUUUGAAUGGGGAUAUGGAUGCAGAACAAGAUGAACUGCAGCACCACAGACCAUCUCUUCGACGGGUCAAGCUAGCCAUCCGAUAUGAAGUCAAAAAGUUUGUCGCACAUCCCAACUGCCAGCAGCAGCUGUUGACAAUCUGGUACGAGAACUUGGCUGGAUUGCGAGAACAGUCCAUUGCUAUCAAAUGCCUGGUGGUCUUAGUGGUAGCUGCAGGCUUGCCAUUUCUUGCUGUUGGCUACUGGAUUACACCAUGUAGCAAGCUUGGGAAAAUUCUUCGAAGUCCGUUCAUGAAGUUUGUAGCACAUGCAGCAUCAUUUAUCAUCUUUCUGUGUCUUUUGGUGUUCAAUGCAUCGGACAGGUUUGAGGGCAUCAAAACAUUACCCAACGUCACUGUCACUGACUAUCCAAAGCAAAUUUUCAGGGUGAAAACAACUCGUUUCUCAUGGACGGAAAUACUGAUUAUGGUAUGGGUAGUAGGGAUGAUGUGGUCAGAAUGCAAGGAGCUAUGGGCUGAGGGUCCACGAGAAUAUAUUUUGCAGAUGUGGAAUGCACUGGACUUCGGAAUGUUAUCCAUUUUUAUCGCUGCUUUCACUGCAAGGCUGCUGGCUUUCUUGCAGGCCACAAAAGCACAGCAGUAUGUUGAUGUACAUAUUCCGGAACCUGAUCUUGCCAUGGUGACAUUGCCACCAGAAAUUCAAUAUUUUACCUAUGCACGAGAUAAAUGGCUUCCUUCAGAUCCCCAGAUCAUAUCUGAAGGACUCUAUGCAAUAGCUGUCGUUCUCAGCUUUUCACGGAUUGCUUAUAUCUUGCCUGCAAAUGAAAGUUUUGGACCUUUGCAAAUCUCCCUUGGAAGGACUGUGAAGGACAUUUUCAAGUUCAUGGUCCUAUUUAUAAUGGUGUUUCUUGCAUUUAUGAUUGGGAUGUUUAUUCUCUAUUCAUACUACCUUGGAGCAAAAGUGAACUCAGCUUUUACAACAGUGGAAGAAAGUUUCAAGACCUUGUUCUGGUCCAUAUUUGGUCUAUCGGAAGUAACCUCAGUUGUCCUCAAGUACGACCACAAAUUCAUCGAGAAUAUUGGUUACGUUCUGUAUGGAGUAUAUAACGUAACAAUGGUCGUUGUUCUCCUCAAUAUGCUCAUUGCUAUGAUCAACAGCUCCUACCAAGAAAUUGAGGAUGACAGUGAUGUUGAAUGGAAGUUUGCACGCUCUAAACUCUGGUUGUCAUACUUCGAUGAUGGUAAAACAUUGCCUCCACCAUUAAGCCUGGUGCCUAGCCCCAAAUCAUUUUUUUAUUUCGUCAUGAGAAUUGUCAGCCUUUUUAAAUGUCAGCGGAGGAGAUUACAGAAAGAUGUAGAGAUGGGAAUUACAAAUUCUAAAUCCAAGUUAAACUUGUUCACUCAGUCAAAUUUAAGAAUUACAGAAUCACGCAGUUUUAACAGCAUACUCAAUCAACCUACUCGUUACCAGCAAAUAAUGAAACGACUCAUAAAACGCUAUGUUCUCAAAGCACAAGUUGACAGAGAAAAUGAUGAAGUUAAUGAAGGUGAGCUCAAAGAGAUCAAGCAGGACAUCUCCAGUCUGCGUUAUGAACUUCUUGAAGACAAAUCACAAGCUACAGAAGAGUUAGCAAUAUUAAUACAGAGACUGAGCGAGAAGCUACACACAAGCACUGCAAGAUGUGAAUGACACUUAAACAACACAUGAACUGGUCUGUCUACUGACUGCAGCACAACCCGUGGCAAUAAUAUUUCUAGAAGUGUUUAAUACUUGAAUUAAGAGUGAAGUAGUAUAAAGCCUUUUGUUAAUUAUUAAAGUACAACAGCUAUUGUAUCAGGCCAUAAAACUCUGUAUUUAUGAAGUUUACUGGCUUGCUUUGCUUAAAAAGUUACAAAAAUACAUAUAUCUAAUUUUCAUUUUACAAAAAAAAAGCUGAACUAAAUGUGUCAUUUUAUAACUGCAACUGUGGUAUCAGCUUAAAAAAAUUAAGUAGAUUAUUUUACAAAUUAAGCCAUGUCUUAUGCCACUGUAGUGAAUGCAAGACAUGCUGAUCAGAAAAAAAUCAAAUUUUCAGUCACACUCCAGAAUUAAUUGCAGACAUUCCAAUUUUGCAAAGCUUUAUACUUACUUAGCUACAAUCAAUGAGCAAAAGCAUAUUAUGCCUGUUGACCAAAGUAGUUGCUGUUAGAAAAAUUCUGUUGCAUUUGCUAAGUUAUUUAAAUAGUACAGAAAUACUCAGAAUUAAAUCUUAAGAUAAGUAGCCAGAUUCUAAGAUGAAUGUCCUAGUACAUAAUAACCACAUUAUGGUUAUUAUCUCAGAUCUCAUCCAGACAGAACACUUUAUCAUUUGUCAGCCAAUACUUAGUAAGUGGGAUUUGAAAUGAAUGGCAUAGAGGGCAGCAGUGCUGUGCAGCAUUCAGGUCACCUGUGCACUGAGUACAUGUGACCUGAAUACUGCACAGGUCACCUGUGCACUGAGUACAUGUGACCUGAAUACUGCACAGGUCACCUGUGCACAGAGUACAUGUGACCUGAAUACUGAACAGGUCACCUAUGCACUGAGCACUAGAGGACACACAGAUGGUGUUUAGGGAUGAGGGUGCAGAAUGUCUGGUAGAGUUCCCAGCAGGAAAGCACUUGUGACAUAUAUAUUUCAUAGGUGCUCGAGGUACUUAGUAAGGGAUGAGUACAUCUUAGGGUACAUAGAUAGGUGGCACUGUGCAGCUUACAUUCUACAAAUGCUGGAGCUAGGAGGGGGUUCUGAAUUAUAGGUAAUGGGUGCACAACAUGGUGGUAGUAGUGCACAAGAUGCCCAUAAUGCAGUUCAGUGUGUUUUAUUAGGUGCACAACAGUAUUGUCCCCUUUGGCUCCAUAACAAAUGUACACCACAGUAAUGAUAGACACUGAAAAGUGCAGCCAUAAAACUGUGAUUGCUUAAAUACACAGUUAAACUCAAAAUUUACUGAAAAAUCUAUAAACAUAUUUUUUUUGCAUGAGAACUUCACCCCUCCACCCACAGAUGCAGAGGAUUGCACCUCCCCUACACAAACCUGAUACUUACAUAUAAUAAAAUACUGAGAUUGUUGUACCUAUUUUGUAUAUCACAUUCUUUAUGUUAAGAUAAAAAAAUCAUAGUUUUGUGACUGAACUAUACAGUGUCACUCACAAGUGUAGCACUCUUCUGCCUGGCACUUGUCUUCCUUGGACAUACGCAGCUCAGUGGCACACCAGGCACCCAGAAGACAGCACAAUACAUAGGAUAACAUGCACAGGAAAGCAAUACUGUGCUCCUUACUUAGGAAUAACACGCAAGAUACUCAAGAGAGCUAUACUGCUCUGUGGUGCAUACCAACACAGCACUGUGUACCCAAAAUAUGCAGUGCACAACAGACACUUGGUAGACAGUGCAAUAGUUAUAUAAAUGGGUGCUGAUGAUGAUGAGCUAUACCUUUAAUGGAUUACUAGACACCUAUGUAUGUGGGAGGCCCUACAGAAUGCAGCAUUAUGCACACUAUGUCUAAAGAGUUCACAGAGCACUGAGGGUGGUUAGACAGUAUGUGUGUACCAAUGCACAUAUGGAUGCAAAACUGCAUGUAUAACUAAGGCUAGUGAGCAGGAAUGGGAUGUGUGGUUCAGAAUAAUUCUGAACAGUACUGUGAUCUUUAUCCAUUCCUGCAUAUUAGUGCUCAUUUGCACCUCAUUUGAGCUUCACACCCUAAGAAAGACAUCAAACAAGUCAUGCCACAUUAUAUGCCCCCUACUGGACUCUUCUAAAAUCAGUACAGGCCUCCCCUGAAUGAGUGUGCAGUUAUGUAACUGGCUGUUCAUGCGUGUGUGCAUGCGUGUGUGCGUGUGUGAGUGUGUGAGUGUGUG